UCAAUUGUCACUGUCAAAAAUUCACGAAUGAAGUUGAUAGACGGUGCAGUUGUCAUUCCUUCUCAUUUUGCUAAAUUUUAAAUGAAUUUACAGUGAAAUUCAGUGCCAAUUAAAAUGUUUUAGUAAUAAAUAGCUAUGGCUCAGAAUUUGCAAAAAAAGCCCUCAAAGGGUAUACUGAAAACGUCCCGGAGCGUCGACCACCAGGAUGGGACGCCUUCGACGAGCAAGCGGGCUAAAGAGCAAAGGUUCGAUGAGAUGAAUAUAAUGGAGACAUUUCACCCUCCGAAUAAGGAUUACGGGCAUAUGAAGGUGGACGAGCCCAAGACUCCUUAUUCGGAGGCUAUAGACGGAGAUUUGGAGCCGACGGAUGAAUUGGACGCGAAUAUCUUGGCGGCGAAGCUUGCGGCGAGUAUGAAUAAGCCGCCGAAGUGUACGGAGUCCUGUGAUAGCGACGACGAGGAAGAAUCUGAAGAAGCGCGCCAGAAGCGGCUCGAGUUUGAGAAGAAGAGGAAAAUGCACUAUAAUGAAUUUCAGGCCUUACAGCUGGCUCGGCAGUUAAUGGCGCAAGAGGAGGAUGACGAAGACACCGCGGGGACUGCCACUUGACUGCACCACGCUAGCUAACUAUUCGCUAAGUGUUCCAACUGGAUUCGAUAGUUCCGGCUUAGCAGACAAUAUUUGGUAUGAAACAAGUUGUUGAUUAAUUACGUCAUAAUAAUGUUUUUAGUUUCUAUUGUCACUACUUAUAGCGUUUAAUUGGUAAAAUUUCUUUAAUGAUAAUUGAAAACAAGGUGUACCUUGUUGAUAGAGCUGUAAUUGGAAUAUUAAUAAUGGGCCUUAUAAUGCGACCAUAGUCGCUAAGACUGGAGGUACUUGUCAGAAAUUAUGACACUGCCAGUUGGAAUGGAACGAGGAACAAAAUAUUGUGGAAGUCUUUUCGACCAUAGUCGCUAUUAACCAUAGAAGCUCAAAAAUUCAAAAUUAAUUUUAAGCAGGCUUUACAAAUAUUUCUAAGACGACAAGUUUGUCUAUUUAGUAUUUGUAGCCACUAGCACGCGACCAACAUAGCCAAGCAGUAUCGUAAUUUUGACAUUUCCCUCAAAAUUGUUAUCAUAUUAAUUUUAAACGCCGUUGGCAAUUUUUGUGGCGUCAACGAAGCGAAGUGCUUUGCAUUGAUAAUAAUUUUAUCGUUGUUGUGUAGUGGUGCGAACACAGGUAUUUAUUGGGGGUGGGCCGUGCCCACCCUAGAAAGUACCUGUGCCCACCCUAGGAUUCUGGAAAAUGGAAAAUUCUGGAAAUGAAAAAUUCUAUUAUGAUACUAAUAAUAGACUUGAUGUGAGGGGCCAGGCCCACCCUAAGAAAUAAUCCUAGAUUCGAUAGAUAGAUUAAUAUUCCAUCAUUCGCGUCUAUUGGUGUAAUAGGCGCGAAUGAUGGAAUAUAAAUAUUUCAUGGUGUAAUGUAACCCAUGGGCCAUGGCUUUUUACGCGGAAAGCCUUUUCAAGCAAAUUACAUUUGCCGCCAUAGUCGUGGCUUCUGGAAAAGUUAUGGUCUUAGGGAAGUAUGACUUUUCUUUUGAAAAUGUUUGGAUUUGAAUGAUGAUGAUUGAAAACUCAAGUGGCCUUUAGUUAUUACUUAUAUUUGAAGAGCUUUCUUGAUAACAUAUCCUUUUAUUCAAUAAUUGGCUUUGUGGCUUUAGGUUCUAGCAAGUAAUUGAGCUUAAAUCCUUAAACUUUAUCUGUGUAUCUGUUUGUACAUUAUUGUGAAUUAAAAAGAGGCUGUUUGAUUCUUUGAUUAUGAUUUAAAUAUGUAUUUUAUCAUAAUAUUUGCAUGUAAAUCAGAUUGAGAUAAAUUGUAAGUCCUGAUUUUGGUUCUUUCAAUAUCCAUAUUUUUAACAACUUAACACACUUGCUUCUCAUUUUUUUUAGUAAGUAUGCAAAAACUGAUAUCAUUAUAUAAAAAUAUCGUGGCAAAUGAAGUGCACCUUUUAUCAUUUGAAGUACCCUUGCUAUGAGAUAACAUGUGGGAAGAAAUCAAUUGUUUCUUACUCAUCGAAUAACACAGACAGUUUAUACAGCAGGGUUGCCACCAUCACCCAUUUAUUUCUAGUUUGUUUAUGUAUACUUUUUUAUCGCUGUCGCGUGAGCGCAGUUUUAUAUCUGGAUCACUGUAAAUGUAAAGUUGCAAUUGUAUUAAUCAAAGUUAAUCACGUGUACAAAUUAAAUCUGAAUUUAUUAUUUACAAUGAAUCACAUCACACAUGCGACUCCGGAAUCCCGAGGCAUGUGUGAGAAAUUGUUAUAAAUUAUAAUCAUCAUCUAUUUUUUAAACCAUUUACAACCAUUUAUAACCAAAGAUUUGUUAAACCAUUGUGUCCACUGGUAAUUUGAAAGGGUAGUAAAAUUAAAAUAAAUAAAUUGAAUAUAAGUUUACAGAAGUAUCCGACUUUUGUGUCCAAGCACGAUGUAGAUGGAUGUAUUUUGAUUCAAAUGUAGGUUAACACUUUGAAGAACUUUUGCCAUGUAUGCGUGUACCUUUGCUCUUCGUUCUAAAAACAGUAGCGUGGCAACCCUAGAUACAAUUAGAUAGUUGUCUACCAUCUCACGUUUACCGACUGACCUAGCCUGUUAGAAGGCCACAGCUCGCGCGUUUGUCCAAUUAGUUCAACACGCCGCAAUUAACUUACAACACCAGUGUUGCCAACUCACGACUUUUACAUUAUUCUACUAUAAAGGCAUUUACUACUAAAAUAAAGCGGCUUGAUUUUUAAAUGCCUUUGGAUGUUCCAACGACAUCUAUAUUAUGUACUUGUACAGCAAUAAUGUAAAAAAAAAAUAUUGACAAUUCAAAAUGAACUUGUUGAAUAAUAAUAUUGUUGCAAUAACCUUAUGCAACAUAAAAUGUUACAAUUUAUCUCGGUUUAUAAACAUUUAUGGAUAUGAUGAUGAUUAGGUAUGUGACAAUGCUUAUACCUUAACAUGUAAUUUGUUAUUAAUUUAGAGCAUAUUAUUUAUUCGUGCUGCACGCUUAGAUUAUCGUCACUAACACUUAACUAGUCUUAGUGUUUAUUUAUACAUACAACAAUGUACUAAUGAUUUAUGAAAUGUCAAAAGUUUAUCCUUUAGGGCAAAGUUACACAAGGAGAUUUUUUCAUUUCUGUCGUGAAGUAUCAUUGCUAUGUUCCUGUGUGAAGGCUAUGCUUGCUGGUCUAUUUACAAGCACAUUAUGGUUAAUAUCUACGCGUCAGAUUGACAAAGGGCGGAAUUUUGUGGGAUGUAUUAGGGGGUGAACCUGAUCCUAGAAAGGACCUGUGCCCUAGGAUUCUGGGCUACCGAUAUCGAAUUGUAUUAAGAUACUAAUAAUAGACCUGAAGUGGGGGGCCUAGGCCCACUCUAGGAAAUACCUAGAUACGCCAAUGGAAGUAUUCCUUGCAUGCCCCAUGAAGAUUUCUUAUGUAUAAAGAUGAUUGUUUUCCACAUACUAUGAGGUGACUUUACUUAUUCCGUCAAUAUACUAUAAAAAGUUCUGUCACUCGAGUUCUAGAAACUCAUCCGGUGUAACUUAGCUUUAAAUCGAUUCACGUCAAUUAAUUUCUGCGACUGAAGUUGGUUCAAAUUAAUCCACAUUAAUAAUAGUCCAACUUGAGUCAUAACGUGACUGCGCGGAUUUUCGGAGACCACUUUAGAGCGGUGGUUAUUUGACGUGAACUGAAAGAAAUAAAAAUGAUCCUAUGUUUCUAAAUUAAUAUAGAAAUAUAACUGUCGUACGCACAACAAAUGAGCUCAUCUAAUAAAUUAUUUACAAAUCCUAAACUGAACUUGAUAAAAAAACUAAAUUGUUCGCUAAUCCACACUCAAUCUAUAUCUAGUCAUUGGAUGAGAUUGUAGUAAGCCAAACGUUUUGCUCUUAAAUUAGUUUAGGAUUUGUUAAAAAAUCAAGUGUAUUUGAAUGAUUUCUAAACUCCAAAGGACAUCAUAAUAAUUGGAUAUAUUUUUGCAAUGUAAUAUUUUAAUAUUAGGCUCCUUCAUUUUAUUGUUAUAAACAAUAAUUCAUAAAAUCUUUUAUAACAACAAAAAGAAAGUUAUUACCUAAAUAAUAUUUUUUAUCAAAAAAUCGUGUGACUUGAUGAUGUCCUUUUAUUUUGUAAUUUAACAUUCUUUGUACGAGAAAUUAUGAAAUUGUAUUCUAAAAACAAGUUAUGAUAAUAGGCUUUAAAAUUUCGAAUUUAAAUUGGAUUGUGGUGUGAUUGUUUAGGUAAAGGUCAAGUUGGUUGAAUUGAUAUGUUUUUGGUCGAAAGUAGAAUGCAAAAAUGUGCGCUUGGCUUUAUUAACAUAUACAGCAUGAUUCAUUAAUUAGGAAACAAAAUGAGUAAAUGAGAAUUUAUAGAAGAUACAGUACAAAAUAAAUAGCUGAUAUUAGCUAUUAAACAUAUUGAUUUUUUUUUUUGAAAAGCUUAAGUCAGUUAAAACCUGUAACUCUUAUAUUUUGUUCAAUACUGUGCCAGUUAAAUAUAACUAUUAUUCAAAAUAGAAUGGCCCUAAUAUCUUUUGUUGUACAUUUAUGUCAAUUUUUGUAUGUGAAGUGAGAACUAUUAGAUUCACCUAAUUUUGAAGUUGAACUUAUUAAAUAUCACAAAUAAAUUAUUACUUUAUAACUAUUCAAAGUCGAUGUUAAAAUGAAAUAGAGCUUAUAGCUUGUCAUUUCAGGGCUUCCAUAAAGCUGGAUUUAUAUUUGUCUGACGUGUCGUGUCGUGAUGCAUCAGAACUGAAUCGGUUUCAUACAUUUUGUAUGCGGCACAUCAGAAGCCAUCACGACAUGUCACAACACAUAAGUGUAAACGUUGCCAUAUAAAAUGUAUACCGAUUCUGUUCUGAAGCGUCACGACACGACACGUCAGACAAACAUAAAUCUGGCUUAAGUUAUGAAAUGACAAAAGUGACUGAUGGUAUAAAUGGCUGAUCGAAGCCAUAAAUAUUUGGAAACAUGCACAUUGAUGGCAUGCGUUGACAGUGUCUUAGGUCCCUAUGAUGAGUAACAAAUUAUCGUCACUAUAAAUUAUACAUGUUAAAGUAGAUCUAGAAUUAUAGUUGACAGACGAAAGUAAAGGCGGAAUUAUAUUUCUCUGACGCGUCGUGUCGUGACAUAUCAAAAGCCACCACGAAAUGUCACAGCACAUAAUUGUAAACGUUGCCAUACAAAAUGUAUGAUACCGAUUGUGUUCUGAUGUGUCACGACACGAUACGUCAGGCAAAUAUUAUUCCGCUUAUAAUUCUAACGAAAAGCAAUAAAUUAUUUUGCGCUUGAAUUUUUUCCUAUUGGCUGAUGUUCUGCCAUGAGAACGAACGGGUACCUUAUUUAUAUGAAUAAGAUAGUCGUGCGUUACUUUCUUUCGCUAUGAACCUUUAGUAGUACGUAAAAUAGGAUGAAGGAAGCGUUAGAGACAUUGACUAGUCCACCAUAGUGAUUUUCAUGUACCAAUACCCUGGGUCAUUUGAUUGGUAUUAGUAUUUGGUGCAUUUAACUAAAUGCCUGCAACUUUUAGCCAAAUAUGCAGUAUUUCGUAUACGACUAUGCCAUGUUCGUGAAAAUUACUAUUGGGCAAAAAUUUUGAUCGUUAUGUAUCUUUGAGUUUUUUUCAACGUGUGAGUUCUGUAGACCUGAGAUGUGCGCAACCACAUAUCUCUUUCGUUGCGAUGAGACUAAAGAGUGAGCGAUGUUUCCGGAUCGAAACAUCGCUCACUCGCUAUUGGUCGAGUGCCUUUUUCUCUUCUCGAGAUAUUUAUGUAUUCCCGUAUCUUGGGCCCACUGAAUCAAACAAAAACAGUGCCAGUUUCUCUGUGCCCGCAUAGAAGGGCCAAUUCACCGAUCACUGUUCCCACAUGGCCUGUUGGCUUAUUCACUAAUUUGGUCUUUAUUAACAAUCUAUUUAAAUAAACAUCAAAUCAACUGAGAAAUCUCAUCUACCUACUGCAUGAUAUCCACGAAGGGUUGUCAGUAGGCACCGGAUGACAUUUGUUCAUAGAAUCUCAAUUUCGUCUAUGUCAACUAACAUACGUCAAUGUUAGUGAAUUAGCCUGCUGGAUUUGCCUAGAUAUCUAACGAUUAAAGUAUUUGCGUUAUUUAUUAUAGAUUUCUCUUUAAUGUAGAUCGCUAAUAUUCGAUUAUUUUUGAUACGUAAAAGUUAUAGUUAUAGGUCAGAGAGUUAUGAGAGACCUAAAUUAUCAGAUUAUCUUACAUAUAGGGUAAUAAUUAUUGUAAUAUAAAUGAGAAAUAUCUAAUGUUAUAGCAUUAUAAUAGUAUUUAUGUGACCAAGCCAAGUAGAUGACUGUCAUAGUCGAAAUACCAAGGUAAAGUCUGGAUUACAGAUGUCUCUAAGUAAAGUCAGUGUUAUGCGAGGUUGAUUUAAAAGAGGGAGGUCCUGGGUUCGAUCCCCGGCUGGGCUGAUUGCCUAACGGCAAAGACGUACUACCAAAUGAUUUAACGUUCCAGUACGAUGUCGUGUAGUGUAGUAUUGUGGUCAAGGGUUAAUUUGUAAAGAUUAAAAAUGUACUGUUUUGCUGUGCACAAAUAAAAUAAAAACUAUAUUUAAAAGACAGUAAUUGAACGUUUGUUGUGUUGUGGUGACAUUUACGCCAUUCAAUAUUUUUAUAACUUGAGGUUAUAUAAAAAAAAUACCAGUGUAAAAACAUGUAAAUAUUCUAAAAGAAUUGUCUAGUUGGCUUGGUUGAGUUAUAUUUUCCUAAUCAUAUGUGAUGUUAACCGCAAAUAAAGUCUAGGUACUCAUGAUUAUAUCACUGGAAUAUAGGCCUGAAGGAAUCGCUAGAAAUGGUUUCUAUAACGAACAUACUUGUAGGGUUUCUAGAACCAGUCUUCGACCGCGUGGUACAAAGUGUGAGGACGCAAAGAAUUUGCGCAAAGGAGAUGUCUCACUCUCCAUACAUUGUUUGCCCCAGACAAAAAAGUUAAUGUGUCUUCGCAAUGUAAUUCACAAUGAAACUCUUACCUUUGGGUUGUGUCUAGAUUAAUUAUAAAUUUUAUUUUUGAUACUAGUUAGCGGGGUUAUUGUGUAUUGAGUUUCAUAACAUCUCACAUAAUCCCUUUCUAGAAGGUACAAGUUAAAAUGAUUUUAAAACACCGCUAUUUGGUAGAUUUUUGUUUAUAUCUUUCAAUAUAAAACUUGUAAGGUAACUUUAGCACAUUUAUAUUAUUAGGUCUCUUGGUAUUUUUCAUUUCACCUGGGGCUGUUUUGGGACAUCUGCUUUAUACUGUAUUACGCUCUCUCUUUCAUAGAUCUAAUCUAUAACUCACAUAUAUUAUUGUACACUUAUUAAAGGUAGACAGAGACUUAAAAAUUGUAGACAAAUUAUAAUAUUUCUAUCGUCGAGAUUGAUAUCACAAUUAGGCUGUCGCUUUCAUUAAUAUCGCUAACUAAAUGGGAUGGCGUUUGAAAACCCAAGUCUUGAAUAAAAUAUCAAAAGAUUUGCCAACAAAACAUAGAAAAAGAGAGUGAUUUAAACAAACUAAUGUCGUUAUCUUUUGUACCUCUUCUUUGUCCCUGCUGGUUCAGAGUCAGACUUCAGUUCUAUAUUUCCAGAGGUUUCUAUUAUAAAACGAGAAAUAGAAUUAUGUUGUUAUGAUAUCCAUUUAAUAGUAUGCCUUCUUAUUUCCUCAUAGGAGAAAUAAUCUACUUAAUUUUAUUUUAACGGUUUUAAGGUGCCGUUGCUGUGAUCAGAUUGCAAGUAAACAGAUAAAAAUAAUAGUGCUUUUUUGAAGAACACAGACCUUAAAAUAAUUUGUUGACCGGUACAUUGAGAUUUUCAAGUCGAAAAGUUUAGUGCCAUGUUAAUAUCUAACUAGUUAUUUCUUAAUGGAAUUAAAGUGGAUUAUUAGAACAGACAAUUUUAUAUCAGGUUAUGCAACAAAAUUAUAGCAAUAAAUAAUUGUUGAGACAUGAGUUUAUAGUAUUUAUAAAUAAUAAUUAAUAUACUAAAGCACAAUUAUUUGCUUGUACCCAUAAAAAUGAAAUUAAAAAGUUAUAUUAAUUAUAGAUAUAAAAUUUUGUUACAGUAACAUGACUAUAGUUUGGCAAGUUUGUUGAUGACACUCCCAUGAUAUGCGGGCGACGGGGGGAAGGACUGCGCGGGUGUGAUUUUUGUGCUGGUAGUGGCGUGCAUCGGUUGUGGGUUUCUCUGUCAUCGCUACAACGGAUUAUCGGGAGUGUUACGAACGAAUUUGCUAAGCUAUAAGAACUUUUGAGUUCGUAUUGUGGAAUAUUUUUUCUUUUUAAUAACCAACUUCCAAAACGGAGGCGGUUCUUCUAUGUGCGGCUGUAUGUAUGAUUUUUUUUUAGUGUAGAUGUUCAUUUUAUAUUACUUACCUACUUGUGUUUUGUAAAAAUGGCUUUCAUAAAAUAUAUUGUGCAUUUUGUAAAUAGCAAUAAAGUUUACAUUAUAUUAUA